CAAGUGAUAGAAAUGACAAUCAUAAGACAUGUUUUUAUUUGUAUGUGUGUUUAAAAAAAUCAAAUAGUUGAAUUAAAAUGUAAAAAUUAUAUACUAAGACAGAAGUUAUUAAAAUUUUAAAAAUUCUGCAUUAAAAAAUCCAACGAUGAGCUUGACAGUGGACCAGUGUAACCUUUUAUUAGAUAUUUUAGACGAAAAAAACAUCAAAAACCAUACCUUAGAGGCAAUAAGCAAUGAGAUUCACAAGAAAUUUCAUAACUCGGAUUAUUUCAAAGUUGGAUCAUGUAUCUUAAUGCUAUUGCAAAAUGACCUCAUAGCAACCACAGAACAGCGUCUUACAGCGAUUACUGUUUUAUAUGAGCUCUACAGGGGAGAGUCUUUUGCAGUGACUCCUUUUGCAGGUGUUUUUAUACAUCUCCUGUACCCACCAGAGCAACACAAUAAUGUGGGUGCUCCUAAGUUAGAAUACCCUGGACAGCUUCCCCGACUUACUGAUGCAGAAAGACAUUUUGUUAUUCAGUUAAUCGCAGAAGUGUCUAAAGAUGUGUUGCUGAAAAAAACUGCACAUCAGGUGUUAAAUUCUGACAUCCCACCAUCUAGUGAAGUUGAUUUUAGUGCUAUUCAGCUGACAGUAGCUGAGAAACAGUCUGUGAUGCCACAUACAAGCAAAUCAGGUAUUCCAGUGAUUUUAUCAUUACCCGACAAGAAUCCUAAUAAAGAUGAACCAGAAGUGCAUAUUAGAGACAUAGCAGUUAAGUUAGCAACAGGCGAAAACGCACCAGUAAAUCAAGUAUAUAAGCCGGAAUUUGUGACUUUGGCACCUCCUCUAUUAAAUUGUAAAGAUGAACUAGUAUGGCUUAACCCCACCAAUCCCAAAGAGCACCUGGUUUGCUAUGAUGCCACAAUGUGCAUCACUGAUUUAGCCGGAUAUGAAGCGAGGCAGUUAAUGAACAAAGCUUACAAGGCGACCCUGACAUUGCCACAGCAACAACAGCUAUUAACUGAGUUGGAGAGGGUGCCUAAGUUGGUUUAUCAUGUGGGACUGACGCCACCGAAGUUGCCCGAACUGGUUGAGAAUAAUCCAAUAGUUGCCAUAGAAGUACUGCUGAAAUUGAUGCAAUCAAAACAGAUCACAGAAUAUUUUAAUGUGUUGGUUAAUAUGGAGAUGUCCUUGCAUUCAAUGGAAGUUGUUAACAGGCUUACAACGACCGUGGAUCUCCCAACCGAAUUUGUACAUCUCUAUAUCUCAAACUGUAUAUCUACAUGCGAAACUAUCAAAGAUCGAUACAUGCAAAAUAGGCUGGUUAGACUUGUCUGUGUGUUUUUACAGUCCCUGAUUAGAAAUAAGAUAAUUAAUGUUCAGGAGUUAUUUAUUGAAGUUCAAGCUUUUUGCAUUGAAUUCAGCCGGAUAAGGGAGGCGGCUGCGCUGUUUAGGCUUUUGAAGCAGUUGGAGUCGGGGGAAGUGGGAUUUUUGACGUCUUUCACCUCAACGAGCAAAACUAAACUGGAUGGUUGAUAGAUUUUUCUUUUUUAUACUUAUUACUUAUUAUUUCACAAUUUUUCAUUGAAGGUUUGAGUAAUAUUGAUAUUGUUCAUAAAAUUCAUGUUUAGACUAUUUAAUCGCUUGCUGCUAUUGGUUGCAAAACUAAUUUAGAUUUGCCGUAAUACCGAUUAAAUAAUAUAAACAUUUAAAUUGUAAUUAUUGUUAAAAGAUUUAUAUUUUUCUUAAGUGCUAAUAAUUGAAUGAUGGCGUCAGACAAAUUUAUUCUCAAUACAAAAUAUGAUUUUUUUAUGUA